UCGAGACUAGACGUAGAGACUUGAAACAAAUUUGCCCCUCGCUGAUGGGUAGAAAUGUCAACUCCUGUAUCGUAACGAUCAUAACCACAACCAGUGGCUGAAUCACGUUUUUUUAUCAGUUGAUAAUUUUUAUCAGUUCAUUGAGAUGAUGAAAAUCAUCAGUCGUCGAUGGUUAAUGAAUACCUGGAAAAUCCAGACAUCUAGUUUAACUCCAUCGAUUACAAUUUCAACUCCAAAGACGUCGCGACAUUUAUAUCGUGAUCACCUGAUAUUUUAUAGUCACAACAAUCUCAAUUGGGGGCAGUUUGUUAAAUCAUUCAGCACGAUGAGUGACAAUAUUUCCCUGUACACACUGCCUAACACUCAGCCGAUUGUCGCCCUGGAGUGCGACGUGGCGUUCAAUGCCCUGACGAAAGCCGAAAAACUGUACUCUCAUUAUUUGAGUAGAGCUGCCUGGACAGGGGGUUUGAUAGUCUUCGUGCAGACAUCUCCAGAGUCACCUCUAAUAUUCGCCCUUCUGCACAAGAUCUUCCUGGGUGGAUCCAUAGAGUCCCUGAAGAAGAGUGCUCUUGAAUCUGGAGUGAGUCCAGAGGAUUUCACAGCUUUUCUAGUGUACGCCUGUGGUGUCCUCUCCAACACUGGAAACUACAAGUCCUUCGGUGAUUCCAAAAUCAUUCCAAACCUUCCCAAGGACAAAUUCCUGGAGAUAAUCAAAUCGUCGAAGGCCUACAAGGACAAUCCACCAGUUCUCGAGAAGAUUUGGAAUAAAUGCAAUGAGGGGAUUUACUCGCUCUCCGAUAAAGUUAAAUCCCUGGGUCUGGGUGACAAUGGAAUUACCACGUACUUCUCCUCGAACUGCGACGACACAGACGCAGCUCUCGUCAACGAGUUCAUGCAGUCCCACUCCCUGGAGAGUUACAACACGCGUUGCUUCAAGAAAACGGAGAACUGCCCCGAGGAUUCAACGAAGAAGAUGAAUGUCUACACGAUAAAGCUGGCAUCCCAUCUGGAGAAGGACGAUCCAGUCCUGACAAUCCCCGAGACCAUCUUCAAGGAGGCCAAGUUCAAGGUGACGAGAGGAGACUACAGUAAACUCCUCGAGAAGACCAAUGAGUACCUGGAGAAGGCCAGGGUGCACGCCGCCAACGAGACCGAGAAGCAGAUGCUUGAUAAAUAUAUCAGCCACUUUAAGACUGGUUCUCUGAAUGACCACAAGGAUGGCUCUCGUUUUUGGAUCAAGGACAAGGGCCCUGUCGUCGAGACGUACAUCGGCUUCAUUGAGACCUAUCGGGAUCCAGCUGGACAGCGAGGGGAAUUCGAGGGUUUUGUCGCUAUGGUGAACAAAGAGAUGUCCAAGAAAUUUUCAAAUCUCGUGGAGAAGGCUCAGGACUUCCUUCCACUGCUGCCCUGGGACCAUGGCUUCGAAAAAGAUGUCUUUCUUCGUCCAGACUUCACUUCUCUCGACGUCCUGACGUUCGCUGGCUCUGGAAUCCCAGCGGGAAUCAAUAUCCCGAAUUACGAUGAGAUAAGACAGAGCGAGGGCUUCAAGAACGUCUCCCUGGGGAACGUCAUUCCUGCCAAUAUGAAACAGGAUGUCAUUCCAUUUUUGUCUGAUGAUGAUCAGGCACUUCUCAAUCAGCACAGGAUUUCAGCGAUGGAGGUACAGGUGGGACUCCACGAACUUCUGGGUCAUGGCAGUGGAAAACUCCUGAGGAAGUCCUCGGAGGGCUUCAAUUUCGAUGAGAAAACCCUGAAGAAUCCUCUGACAAAGGAAUUGAUUGAUAAGUAUUUCCUGGAGGGCGAGACUUACGAUUCAAAAUUCGGGGCCAUGGGCUCAUCGUAUGAGGAAUGCAGGGCUGAGGCUGUUGGGCUGUAUCUCUCUUUGGAGAAGGAUAUUGUCAAGAUCUUUGGACAUGAGGGAAAGGAUGCUGAUGAUGUUAUUUAUGUCAAUUGGUUGGCCCUCCUGUGGAAUGGAUGUGCUAAAGCUCUGGAGAUGUACAGUCCAGAGAAGAAUAAGUGGCUGCAGGCUCACUCUCAGGCUAGAUAUGUCCUCCUCAGGGUUUGUAUUGAGGCUGGGGAGGGCUUUGUCGAUGUCCAGGAAGUCGACGAUGGGAAGAACCUCAGGUUCACCAUGAACAGGGAGAAAAUCAAUUCUGUGGGGAAGAAAGCGGUUGGUGAGUUCCUGGAGAAACUACAGAUUUACAAGAGCACUGGGGACUUUGAGAGUGCCAGAAAAAUGUAUGAACAGUACUCUGAGGUUCCUGAUGGUGGGCCACAGCCCUGGAGGCGUUGGAGGGACAUCGUUCUUGCUCACAAGCAGCCCAGGAAGAUAUUCGUGCAGGCCAACACAUUUGUCGAGAAUGACGAGGUGACGCUGAGGAAUUACGAUGCCACCUUCGAGGGGUUCAUUCAGUCCUGGGUGGAGAGAUUCCCUGGGACGGAUGUUGUGGAUCUCAUGGUGGAACUCGCGGAGAAGGACAGACCGUUCUUCGAGACAAAAUGAAAGCUUUGAAAGUUCUUCAGAGGAAUUUCCAGCGAUCUGCAUUUUCGGGUUAUUUUUCAUGUGGAUGGUCGGAGCUUUUACGUGCACUUGCAUUUUUUUAUAAGGACGUGCAGGAGGAGCUAUGAAGGUAUUUUGUAACAUUGACGGUUUGUCGUUCCCGUAUAUUUGUCUUGUAGACAAUAAUAAAAUCUUCAAACCUGUUAAAAA